CUUUACGCAACUGCUGCACACCGUCUCGCAUCCCUGGACGGAGCUGUGAGGAUCCGGAGACACGCUGACUAACUUGAGGAGCUGGAAGCGGUUUGAGGAGCAGCGUCGGUGCGUCAAGACGCAGAACCGACGGCAGACCGGAGCAGCUCCAGAAAGCUGCCGUUUCUGUUGGAAGCGACUUGUUUGAGAGUUUGUUGUGAUUUUUUUUUUACACUUUUAACUCGGCUUUGAGGCUAAAAUUGAUCCUGCUGGAGGAGUUUUGGUAACCUGGUGACUGCUGCUGGUUUCACGCCGUUAAAGAACCUCUCCUUCUUGGAGCUGCUGUGUGCGGAGACUCACGUAGGCGCAGCGGAGCAGUCGCAGGAGGUGAUGCAGGAGUGAGCGAGGAUUCCAGGAUUUUGUGGAUCUCAGUGAGCGAAUUUAAUCACCAGGGUCGUCCCCAGGACCGACCUUCGACACCGUCCAUCCUCCUCCGUGUUGCCAUCGCCGUUACGCACGGAGAUAUGUUGAUGAAGGAGUACCGCAUCUGCAUGCCUCUGACCGUGGAGGAGUACCGGAUCGGGCAGCUGUACAUGAUCAGUAAACACAGUAAUGAGCAGAGUGAACGUGGGGAAGGUGUGGAGGUGGUUCAGAACGAGCCGUACGACGAUCCGGAGCACGGAUCGGGACAGUUCACCGAGAAACGGAUCUACCUCAACAACAAACUGCCCAGCUGGGCCAGAGCUGUGGUCCCUAAAAUCUUCUAUGUGACGGAGAAGGCUUGGAACUACUAUCCAUACACCAUCACAGAGUACACGUGCUCCUUCCUGCCCAAGUUUUCCAUCCACAUAGAGACCAAAUACGAGGACAACAAAGGCAGCAACAAUAAUAUCUUUGGCAGCGAACCCAGAGACGAGGAGACAGAGGUGUGCUUCGUGGACAUCGCCUAUGAUGAGAUCCCCGAACGCCACUACAAGGAGUCAGAGGACCCCCGAUAUUUCAAAUCGAAGAAGACCAACCGAGGGAUUCUGCAGGAAGGCUGGAUCGACACCCAGGACCCCAUCAUGUGCUCCUACAAACUGGUCACAGUAAAGUUUGAAGUCUGGGGCCUGCAAACACGAGUGGAACAGUUUGUACACAAGGUGAUUCGAGACGUCCUGCUGCUUGGACACCGGCAGGCCUUUGCUUGGGUAGAUGAGUGGAUUGAUAUGACCAUGGAGGAGGUCCGAGAAUAUGAACGAGCCACUCAGGAAGCCACCAACCUGAAGAUCGGCACCUUCCCUCCGACCAUCUCCAUCUCAGAGACGCCCCUGCCCUCCAGCACCCGCAGUGGGCCCAACAGCGCCCCGUCCACGCCCCUCUCCACCGAGGCCCCGGAGUUCCUCUCAGUCCCUAAGGAGCGACCCAGGAAGAAGUCUGCUCCGGAGACUCUGACGCUGCCGGAUCCGGGCCGCAGGGAUUCCCUCUUCAAGCUGCCCAGCUUCUUCUCCUGGAACUCCAGUCCACAGCCUGAAUGAGGGAGCCGCCGCGCUGCCGUGGAAAACUCCCUCGACCCGUGGAUCAGUGGAGGAUGCCUGCCCAGCACAUCCCACAAUGCCCCCUCAGCCAGCCGAAGUGAAGGAGACUGUCCUGGUGGUCCCAGCCCCUCCGCAGACUGCAGAGUGCUGCAGCAAAAAGCUCUUAAACAGGCAGCCAGACGUCCACAGACAACAGUCCUGUGAGGUGUGAAGGUUUAGUGUGUCCCAGCCAGAGUCCAUCCUCAUCCUCCUGGUCUCCUUCAGAUCAACCCAUCAGUGUGGAGUCCCAUUAGUCUGACUGAGAGUAGCAAACAUUCCUGAAAAUAUCCCACAGAACAUCACUUUGUUUUCAUCCAAGCUCAGGGUGCGAGAUUCACUCACUAAAAUGUAUUCAUGUACAGAAUUAGAUUUACUUUCUCUCUGCUUUACACAUCUGGCUUUGUUAACUGGAACUUGUGCUUUGAUGUACUUAUUUCCGUGGUCGGGACUCUGACAGGUUCUUGCUGGGCACCGCAGCAGUCGAGUAUUAUGGUUUUCACAGUCAGGUGUCAGGUGAUUGUGCUUUCUUGUAUAUACAGGCUUUAUGAACGUUAUUUAACCCAUAAAAUUAAAAAGAAUAUCAUAUCCGGCGUUGAACAGGACUCUUUAUCUUCUCUAAGUGUUUGUUUAUUCGAGUUCUGUCGCCACUGCGUCUCCAUGUAAGCGCAUGAUUUUGAGGCGGCUUUGGAAUAUUUGUGAGCUGUUUUCUUUGUCCUCUCAGCCUCGUACUUGAUGUUGUGUUUUAGUUUUUACAGACUGGUCAUGUGGUGUUGUUUUACUGCUGUAUUCAUAUCAGUUUUCAGUCAUACUAUUGAUGGGUUUUGUAUUCAGUAAAUGAAGUUGAAUUAAAUGCUGGUGCAUCCAUAA